GAAGUUGUGAUUUCUGAAAAUAAUGUUAUGGAUGACAGAGAGGAUCGAAGCUGGCGAGAAGGGCCAAAAUAUUCAUUUAAAAUCAUUGUUUUGGGUUCGAAAGGCGUAGGGAAAUCAAGCCUUCUGAAGCGGUUCCAAUUCGACGAAUUUGAAGAUGUUCCGUCGCAUACGAUUGGGGUUGGUUUCUCCACACACAAUAUAACAAUUGGCUGCGAUUCUGUACAGGUGAGAUGCUUGAAUAUUUGAAUGAUUCGAACUAAUUUGACAGCUUGCAUGUCUUAGAAUUCAGUGUUUACAUGUAGCAAUUGUCAAACAUACAUGUUUUAUUUUCUUUCAAUGUAAAAGCUGACUCUAUGGGACACGGCUGGGGAGGAAAGAUUCAAGUCGCUGACGAGUCAGUAUUAUAGAAAUGCUGAUGCUGCAAUUGUUGUUUUUGAUUUGACAUCAAAGAAAUCUUUUGAAGAAGUGAGGGAUCAUUGGAUUCAUGCUUUCAGGAGAGUUGUUGGGUGAGAAAAUAAACGAUGCUAAAUUUAUUGUGUGAAAACCAAACUAAACUUACAUGGGGCUAUUCGAUUUAAUAUCCACACCCCCCUGUUGACCAGGUUACUGAUUUUAGACCCCUUCGGAAACGGUUUUCCAGAAGACCCCCUCGGAAAUGCGCUAUUUUUUGUAAAAACCCUUCGGAAAUUUAUGAUUUCCCUCAAACCCCUCGGAAAUACCUGUUGACGUGGUUCCAUUAUGAUACAGAUAGACCCAUCGGAAAUUUUCGAGAAUUUAUUAACCCCCCCCCCUCAGAAAUUUUCGUCAACAGGUGGUACCUUUGUCCUCCCCCACUUGGAAAUUAAAAAAAAUUUUGUCCCCUUCAGAAAUUGUACUUUUACAAACCCCCUCGGAAAUUUCAACGGAAGUGUCCCCCAGAAAGUUCAGGACCAGACCCCCAGGUGAAAAACAGAGGUACCUAGUUUGCAAUGGCAACACCAUGGGGGCGGCCAUGCUGCCCCCGCAAUGUGUUUCAGAGUGUAGUUUUAAAUUGAUUCAUCUCCAUGCAAGUGCCUCUACAAUGCAGGAAUUGCCAUUUCUGAGACCUGAAGUUCAAAUUUCAUACUGGCAAGCUCUAUCAGUUCUAAACUGUUUUCUAUAUACAGUAGAGGUUUAUUAACCCAUUGGGCCACAAUGCGCUGCAGUGUGACCUACUUAUUUUUUUACUUGUCUAACGCUGGACGAUUUUACUCAUCAAUGGGGAAGCUCUGCAACUUAAUGGGUUGAGCAUUGUAAACCUAAACUACACUAAUGUAAUCUCUAACAGUUCUUAACUGUUCUCCUUGGUACAAUUUAGAAGCACAGCAUAUGUUGCACUAGUUGGAAAUAAAAGUGACCUUUUGGAAGAAAGACGGGUUGAUAAAAACAUGUUUGAGGUAUUUGCAAUUUUUCACAUUUAAUGAUUUUCAGCCAUUCAGACACUUAAGGUGGCACUGCUCCUGGUUUAGAUUGUGGGCUUUUAUUUUUUCUGAACUUCAUUUCUAGGAAUUUGCCAGCCUGUACUGUAUCCAUCCUUGGGAAACAAGUGCGAAAGAUGCCACUAAUGUUCAAGAACUUUUUAAGUCAAUGGCCAAAGAGUUAAUUGAACGUGUUGCUCAAUUACAAAGUUUAGACUCGGCUCCAGAUAGCCUCUUCUUGCAUAACGUACCAGAUAAUCCACGCUCAGAUUUGUAUAGUUAUUGCUGUAGCUAUACGUGAAUAUUUUGUAGUUUUUGUAUCAGUGGAUUUCAGCAAGUACUAUAUGAGCUGGCCAGAGAUAUCAAUGAUAGUCUAAGUCAUUGGUCAACUUCACAGAUGUUGACUAUUCAGUAUUAUAGGAAUAAACUUAAAGGCUGGUUUAGACAGCAAACUUUUACAGUAAUGCACUGAAUCUAGUACAACGAUUAAGACUGACAGAAGAGUGGUAUCUAAAUUAAUUAAUUUACUUGGCAAGUUUUGAUUUAGGUUUGAAUUGACACAGCACAAAAUACAGCGAAUGACAUGCAUAAAUGCCAUAUAUUCUGCUACAAUUUGGUUCGACCUGGGAAUUACCUAAUUAAUGCAGAAUUUUUUUAACAUACAUUUUCAUAUGAUUUAUAUGAUAUAUUAGCAAUUUAGCACUGAAAUUUCUGAUAUUAUAUAUGGUACAAUUAAUUCAAUGUCAGUGAUGUCUAAAUCAGUUGUUGAACUAAUUAAUGUGCCAUAUUUAAUUUGAUUAAGUUCUGUGUGUCAUUUAAGUUUGCUAUCUAAACUGGACCUAAGCAAUAAUAGCUAAAUCUCUCAAUUCUUAUAAAUUAUACUAGCUUGCUUUCAAAUAUAAGACUCCUAUGUAUAUUAUUACUACAUGUAUCUAACUCUGCAGAGAAGUGCCUAGUGAAAUGCACCUAUUGCACUGUACAUGUAUAAGUAAUAGAUGAACUAGAGAGGCAUUGCAGGGCCUGUGAUGCACGUCUACUUGUAUUUUGACAAAAAUUCUUAAAUUGUACAGAAACAAUUAGGAAUGGUGCCCAUAAGAUAGCUCUGCCCUGGUGGUAUAUAUUGCACUUGUGGCAUAAAAAUUUAUUCAUAUUUUUCAAUUAAUUUUUGUACAUACAAUAAUUGUGUUUGGCAUACGGUAUUUAAUUUAAUUAAAUAAUAUGCUGCCUAACAAACUUUUUCUCUCAUUUGGUGUUGAAUUAGUAAUUUUUAUGGUAAUUGUAUUGUUGUUGUAAUUGUUGCUGUUGUAUUGGUGUAAUUGUUGAUCGUUCUAUUAAAAAGUAGUAUGGAUAAGCCUUAGCUAUCAGUUCUAAACUGUUCUUUCUAGAGAUCUUCUAUUGAUCCAAUUUACUACAGGAGGAAGCCGGAAUUGGAAGUACUCACUCGGAGGCCGCGGAAGCACCUCGAAAAUGGGGGGGGGGGUACUGACCAGAAAGGGCACUUAAUUAAGUCAGCAAGCAUUCUAGC